CUUGUCUUCUUGUGUAUUACAGCCCUUCUUGCUAGCUCUCAUUCAUGUUUUCUUCACAGGAUCAACUGGCACAAGAUCCCUCUGCAAUUGACAUGUUCAUUACGGGUUCUAACUUUACUGAGUGGUUUACUUCCUAUGUUGACAAUGUUGUAACAGGAGAAUACUCCAUCAUUCGGGACCAGAUCUUCAGGUAUGUUCAUGACAAGCGCUGUGUGGCAACCACUGGUGACAUCACAGUAUCGGUCUCUACCUCCUUCCUGCCAGAGCUCAGUUCAGUCCAUCCGCCACACUUUUUCUUCACCUAUAGAAUCAGGUACUGCAUAAAUCCACACACAUUAUUUUGA